AUGAUUGGGCGCUCGGCUGUGCGCGAGGAGGAGCCGCCCCCGCGCGCACCCCCACAGGCGGUGCAGGAGCCGCCAUUGCUGCGUAUCUGUGACAAGGAUGAGAAGAUGCUAAAGACAUGGUAUUUUUUCCUGCUGUGUUGGCUGUCCUUGAGUCUUGAGGCUAAUCCUGGUCUUAAAGUGGGGAUUACUCAGAAGGGGCUGGACUAUAUUAUGAGGAUUGGGAUGGAGCUCCUGAAGCAAGCAGUAUUGAAAGAGACUUUCCCAAGCUGGAGUGGGCAGGAGAGUUUCUCAGUUGUUAAGAUCAACUAUGUCAUUUCAAGACUCAGAAUUAAUGCUGUAGAUUUCCCAGAAACUUCUGCUUCCUUUAUUCCUGGCCCUGGCAUUUAUCUGUCAGUGGCACAGGCUUCUGCUACAAUCAGUGCAGACUGGAGAAUACACACAUGGCUACUGGAAGUUUUCAAAGACCAAGGAGAAAUUGCUGUGUUCAUCUCAGGACUGUUAAUUGUAGUUAUCUUAGUGUCACGGGAUAGCACAGGCCACUUGUCCACGUUGCUACACAGUUGCCAGUUGAGCAUUGGUAGUGUUAAAGUCAAGUCAUGUGGAGGAUCUAGCUGGAUCUACUGCUUUCUGUCUGGUUAUCUUGAUAAGCCCAUUCACACCAAAUUGGAUAAAAUGUAACUAUGUCUAAAUAUUAAAUACAAAACCAAAUUGAUGGAUGCACUGCUUAGAAAGCAUAAGGUUUUAAGCCAGAUUGACACCUUUGCACAAGUAGACUGUUCUCUGGUUAGUUCUCCAGCAGUCUCCAAAUCACACAUUAACCUGUAUUUGAAGGUUAUUUUCUAUCCAGUAGGAAAUCACACAGACCCUCCCUUUGUGCCAGCUCCAUUUGCUCUCCCAAACCAGGGUGAUUCCAUGAUAUAUCUGAGAGUCUCUAAUUAUUUUCUUAUGUCUGCUUCACUGGCUCACUACAGAGCAGGGUCCUUUAACAUCACUAUCUCCAAAGAGCUUAAUAGCACUUUUAGUCUAAGCACUUCCCUACUCAGACGUUUUAUUUCUGAGGUGACACUGGGCCCGCUGCCGUGUAACUCCAAGCAAUCUGAGCAGGUUCAAUCACCUCCUGCAGUCAGUUUAAACGCAGGCAGAUGUGUCCUACAGAUCACUGGCUGUGUAGAAGUGUUUUCUGUUCUGCCAAAUUCAACCACCCAGUACAGCUUUGCAGGGAAUCUAACAGCCAGUACCAGAGCCAAUUUGACUAUAAGCAAACAGAAGUUGAUUAUCUCAUUACUUCUGAAGAGGUUCCAGUUUUCCCUUCAGCACUCCAGUCUUGGUUUCCCUGACCAGAAGUCACUGGUGGAGAAUUUUCUGUCUUAUGCUUUACAAAGAAUAGUGAUUCCAGCAAUCAAAGAUAAACUAGGGAAAGGAUUUCCUCUUCUUAAUUUCACCCACACUAGCCUUACUGGAUCUGUAAUAAAAAUUAAUCAGGUUAUUUGCACUGAUGUUCGCUAUCAACUAGAAGGUGAGGAGGACCUUCACAGCCACUGCUGA